AUGCCGGGCCCCAAGAACACGCUGCUCAUCGAGGGCAGCUUCGAGGAGCUUACCGACGAAUUCGCACAGUACAUCGACAACCUCAAAAAAUCGCAGGGCGACGAGGGCUCCGACAUCCAGGGCGAGGCCGAGGCGCUGCUGAAGGAGAACAAGAAGGACGAUGUGCUCAAGAAGCUGGUCGUGGGCAGCCAGGCGCUCAACCAGGCGCCCGAGAAGGAGUUCAUCGCCGCCUACAACCUGCUCAUCCACCUCGUGAGCCAGUCGCCCAACGUCAACAUGUUCCUGCCCAAGAUGUGCCAGAACCUCAGCGCCCCCAUCUCGUCGUCGCCCGCAAACGGCGGCGGCCUGGCCCUGUCCAUCCUCAGCACCCUCUUCAACACGACGGCGGCGGGCAGCGAGGUGCGCUACCACGUCCUGCUCUCCAUCCUGCGCGUCAUCCGCGCCACGUCCAACUUCGAGACGCUGCGCCCGCAGCUGAAGCAGCUGGACAAGUGGCUCGAGGCCUGGGAGACGGACAGCGAGGACAGCCGCAAGCUGUACCUGGCCGUCACCGACGUGGCCACGGACGCGGGCGAGGACGAGCACGCCUACACAUACCUCCUGCGCGCCCUGCGCACCUUCCCCUCGGACGACGCCUCGUCGCCAGAGGCCCGCGAGCUCUCCCUCCGCGCCCUCAAGUCGGCCCUCACCCACCCCACCCACUUCGACUUCCAGGACCUCACCGGCCUCGACUCGAUCCAGGCCCUGCGCAACUCGGACCCCGUCUACUUCCAGCUGCUAGAGAUCUUCAACUCGGACCUGCUCGACGACUACAACGACUUCAAGGACGAGCACGAUGGCUGGGUCGACGAGUCCGGGCUCGACAGCUCCGCCCUCAACCGCAAGAUGCGCCUGCUCACACUAGCUUCCAUGGCAGCAUCAGCCGGCCAGACAAGAUCGCUCCCCUACGACAAGAUUGCCAAGGCCCUGCAAAUCCCCGUCGACGACGUGGAGAUGUGGGUCAUUGACGUGAUCCGCGCCGGCCUUGUCGAGGGCAAGCUCAGCCAGCUGAACCAGACAUUCUUGAUCCACCGCUCCACAUACCGCGUCUUUGGCGACAACCAAUGGAGAGAGGUCGCGUCGCGGCUAGACAUGUGGCGGAAUAGCUUGGUCGGUGUGCUACAGGUCAUUCAACAGGAAAAGCAGAGGUUUGCACAGGAAAAGGACGAGGAAGCCAGCAAGGCGGACCAAAAGGCCGACUUUGGAAACAGGGGCCAAGGACGCGGGUUCCAGAAGAGACAGCCCAGGGCUAUCGACGACGACAUGGAGUAG